AUAAAAUUAUUUCGUAUUUCCAUAUGUAAUGAUGGUACUUUGAGCGAAUGCUUGUGUAUGUCCAUUCAUUGCAAUCUUUACAGAUACUUUGAUUGAACACAUGAAUCUUCGUCGCCUUUUCCAGGAUUUUAAUCCAAGUAAAUUUUUACUCUUCUUUACUCUCUUCAUCUUUUCGAUCUUGCUGGCGUUGCGUCUGGAUGGAACUAUUACGUGGAGUUACUGGGCGGUUUUUACUCCUAUUUGGAUUUGGAAAAUCAUGGUUUUAUCGGGCGCUUUUACUGGAAUUUAUAUCUGGAUUCGACAUCCGGAAUACAGAGGUGAAGGAGAUAGUCAUGUGGACUUCAAGGCAAUGAUCAUCUGUCUUGCCUUGCAUCUUCUCUUGCUGAUGUUUGAGAUAUUUGUGUGCAUUAAUCUUGGUGGUGGUCGGAUGUUUCCAUGGAGACUUAUGUUCAUGCCGUUGUAUGUACUGUCAUCGUUAUCGAUCAUCGCUUGUAUCUGGGGAUUCAGGCAUGACAGAGCAGUAGAGCUUGAAACAGUAUUCUCAGUAAAUGUUCUGCAGUUUAUUUUCCUUUCCUUACGCUUGGACAGAGUUAUCUUAUGGUCUUGGGUGGUUGUGUUUGUUCCGACGUGGAUAGUGCUGUCCUUACUUUGUCUUCUAGUAUUGUAUUAUGUAAUAUGGUCCAUAAUAUUUGUUCGCACAGCAGAAGUCCUUCCAGCACAGCGUCGAGGCCAUGCCAUGGUGGCUGUAGCUUCUGUUCUUCUAGUUAUUCCACUUCUAACAUUUCAGAUCGUCUUGUGUAACAGACUGGAUGGCAUAACACAAGACAUGUUUGUUGGAGUGGUGGCUCCCCUUCAAAUAUCUCUUUUGAGUUUGCUCGCUACGUCCUUUUAUCACAAAGGAGGCAACCACUGGUGGUUUGGAAUGCGAAAGGACUUUUGUGAGUUUCUCCUUGGGGUAUGUCCCUUUCUACAGGAAUAUGGGAACAUUUCUUGUAAAUUUUCGGAAAGUGUUUUCUCAAGAGCACCUAGGGAAGAGACUUCCAUUGAACCACAACGGAAACCAGUCGUCCAUGAGUACCCAGCUAAAUGUGUGGUACCAGUUGUAUCCAUUGAAAUGCCUGACUGAUGUUAUAUUGGCCAAGAAUGUUAACUUUGCAGUCUACAGUCAUUCACAUUCAAUGGAUUGAGUAAAACACAUGCAAGAAUAAGUCGGAUUAGAUCUGUCAAAGUGACGUCACACACACCAGCUUACAAAGAAUUGUGCGGUACUGGUCAUAUUUUGGUGCCAGUGUUGCUGAGAAAGCAGUUAUUCGUGUGAUUGGUGGAUCAGUCAUGAAGUUUAUGAGCUGUUCAACACUGUUAAUAUGAGAAGCUGAAUGAUACGUGCAUUUUGAUUGGUUCUUAGUUAAAAUCUCUUGGAGGAAAGACACACAGAUGACGUCACCAUUAACAACAUUAAUCUUUGUCAUCUAAUAAAACAAACAGAUUCUAUGUUGCCAUGGGUCUGUUCAGUAUUAGAUCAAAGAACACAUUAAAAUGUGAAAAGAACAUCGGCAACACACUCAGCUGUGCCUUGUCUGCCACUUUUUUGUUCUUAAAGUAUUUUGACAUCUUCUGUGCUCACUGGGAGCUUGCUUAUUGGCUACACAAUUAUGAAAAAUCUAAACUCUUGUAGCCUAAUCUGGAUGUUCAGUAAGUAAAAUGGAGAAAAGUUAAGUGCAAUAAUGGCAGCGGAUCUACUCAACCCAAACCCCUCUUGUCUUUUUUUGAUCAGCCACUACUAUCACCCCAAUUAUGAAAAGAGAAAGAAUCUUGCUUCCAACCCAUUGGUUGUGUUUCAGCUAAUGUGUUGAUAAGAUGUUGGUAAUGGGUAGGCCAACGUUGGCCCACAUAUUAGUUGAUCUUACCAAAUGAAUGCUUAGGAAGUGUUGCUGGUCAACAACUGGGUGGUGUGUUGGUAAUAUCAGAUUCUUUACCUUCACCGCAUUUACUAUGAUUGCACUUCAUUUUUACGGACUGAACAUCUAAAACAGGCUGAAAAUCUUGCUCUGUAAAAAUGUCUCAAACUCAAACUCAAACUCAUAUGCAUUGAAUUAAAUUCAUCUAUGUCACCUCUUGGCAUAAAAUAA